AUGUUUGAAGUGAUUACAUUGUCGCCCCCCAAAGAGGGUGAAAAGAAAGAUGAGAAAGAUGAGAUUUCUUCACCUGAAAACGAUAGUUAUGAUCCAAUGGAUAUGAGUAGCGAUGAAGAAUCACAUAUAGAUUUGUCCGAUGAUGAUGAUGAGGAUAAUAAUGAUCCCCUUAGUAAUACUUCGAAGGUUCAAGCCAGGCUUAUAACAUUUGACAAAACUAUGAAUAUAUUAGCAGAUCCUGGAUGGGAUGGGAAAACGGAUUUGUCGUAUUUAGCACCGAUAAUACCUAAGAUAGAUCUUAUACUACUUUCACAGACAACCGUCAAAUAUCUUGGAGCAUAUGCCUAUCUUUUGCACAAAUAUCCGAUUUUAAAGAAAAUUAAGACAUAUGCCACCUUUCCAAUUGCAAAACUUGGUAGACUAUCUACAAUUGAAUUGUACAGGUCGGUUGGACUAAUAGGACCAAUUGAAGGAUCUAUCAUGGAGAUUGAAGACAUUGAAUCAUGUUUCAACAGUAUAAACAUGCUCAAUUAUGCACAUUCAAUUAGUUUACAGGGGAAACUCGCUGGAAUCACAAUUACCGCCUAUAAUUCAGGUCAUACUUUGGGAGGAUCGGUUUGGCUAUUAAACAAACAGGCUGAAAAAGUUGUUUAUGCACCAGUCUGGAAUCAUUCAAAGGAUCUUUUUUUGCGUCCAUGCAAGCUAUUGGGCCAAUCAUCACUUGCAAGACCAACUACGUUUCUCAGUGGUUCGGAUCUUGGAUCUUCUGUUUCACACAGAAAAAGAAUGGAUAGUUUUUUGCAGCUUGUUGAAUUAACUUUGUAUAACGGUACGUCAAUUCUUCUUCCAACCUCCCUAUCUGGGCGUUUCUUUGAGAUAUUACCGUAUUUGGAUCAGAUGGUGCCUCGAGAAGUUCCAUUUUACUUGGUGGCUUAUACAGGCAUUCAAUCACUUAAGUCAUCAGCCAGUAUGCUUGAGUGGAUGUCUCCAGAUGUUACAAAGGGUUGGGAUAAUGAAAACCAGACACCAUUUGACUCUACCAGAAUUGAGCUUUGCACUGUAGAAGAUUUAUCAAAGCACACAGGGCCAAAAGUUGUCUUUGUCGAGAGUUUGGGUUUCGAUGAAGGGUCUUUGGCCAGAUCCGUGUUUGUUGAAUUGUGCUCAAAGCAGAACACAGCUCUCUUUCUAACAGAGAGGCCACCAGAUGGAACCGUUUUGUAUGAUAUUUACAACACAUGGGAAGAAACAGUGCGGGAAGACAGUAACUUGAAGGAUGGAUCGUUAAUUAUCUUCCAGAAACAACUAACAUUAAGCAUGACAAAGGAGACAUCUCUAAGGGGCCAGGAAUUAAAGGCGUAUUUAUCACAAGUGGACCAAAGAAGAGAAAAAAGGCAGAAGGAAGAAUUGGAGGAGCAAAAAAACAGCCAUUUGCUUAAUGAUAAUAUUGGAAAUGGGGAAGAUGAAGAAAACAGUAGUGAUUCUGAGGAGGAUGAGAAAGAAGAAUCCUCGGAAAGUGAGCAGGAGGAAGAAAGUUCUGAUGAAAGCAAUAUUGAUAAUUCAAAGAAGGACUUAAAUGGCAAAAAUGGCAAGUCAAAGAACGGGGCUACAACUGGAGAAAAGGAUGGAGAUGGCCAAGCAACGAUAUCUUCAUUGAUAUCAAAACUUCAGCGGAGGGAUGAAAAUAAACAGAUCAAGGUGAGCGAGCUAUUGAAGCUCCCUAUGGAUUUUGAUGUCAGGAAUGUGAAAUCCAACAAGAAUAGUAUGUUUCCAUUCAUUGUGGACAGAGUCAAUGUUGAUGAUUACGGAAUUGAGAUAGAUCACGAUGAUUUUAAAAGAGAUGAGGAGAAGUUUACCAUGAAGCGAGGCUUUGAUGAGAUGUCCAAUGAGAAAGAUGGCUGGUUUGGAGGAGCUGCAGGAUCUGAUAAAACCGAGGCAUGGAAUAAAAGGAGAAAGAUAGAUCCACUGAACACGUUUGAGAAUCAAAAGCCGGAAGUAAUUACGGUCUACAACUCGGAUUCCAAGAAAGAUCCGGCUUCUCGGACAAUGCACAGCAUAAAGGUUGAUGUGAGAUGUGGCUUGACAUUCAUUGAUUUGUCAGGCUCGACGGAUCUGCGGUCUUGGAAAUUUAAUGCCAAUGGAUUGAAGCCAAGAAAAGUUGUUGUAAUGCCAAAUGUCACGUACUCGAAGUACUUGGGCGGCUCUUUGGAAAUUAUGAAAGCAAUUCUGAAACAGCAACACAGCAGGUUCGGCAUGUUUGGAAAGGAAAAUGCAGACAAGCAGAAGAGCUUGAAUAGUAUACAUAGUCAGUCGGCAAGUGGGGUUUUGGGAAUUGAUUACAUACGUGAGAGACUCAAUAGAAAAGUUGACUUGGGUAAUGUCAUAUCAUCAUAUAUGCUUCGUAUAGAUGAAAGUUUAGAUACAGAGCUUGCAUGGCAAGUCAUUACUGGUGGUUACUCGAUUGCUCAUGUUAAUGGAGAGGUGAGGAAGAUAAUCGAUACCGAAAAUGGUAACAAGGAUCUCUUCAAGCUCGUUCCUUCCAAUAAAAGCAUCAGAUCUUCUGAUAAUAAGAUCAGUAUCGGUGAUAUCAAAUUAAACGAGCUCAGAAGAGACUUGGUGCCACCAAUCACAUAG